AUGAAGCUUCGUGUCCGCCAGGGCUGCCAGGAGUUGCUCCGCAUUCUCUUGUCCCCGAGUCAGUGGUUCGAUGUCUACUGGCCGGCCUCACGCCAGUACUGGUUUUCCCUGUUGUUCAUCAGCGUGAUCUGCGCCAAAGCUCUCCGCAUCUACUCGCAUCUCAACUCCUUAACGCUGGACCGCUUCCUGCUCUGGGGCUCCACCUUCUUUUUGCAAGAUAUCUUCUGCAUUCUCAUCGCUCAGUUUCUCUGCCAGGAUUUCUACUCUAGAGGGGUGCGUGUCUUCGUAGCUUUGGUGACGAUACUAGCCAGUUUAUUAAUUUCGUGUCUGGCGGCGGCCAACAUCUCCUUCUACACCCAAACUGGCGCGGAAGUCCAUUGGCGACAAGCUCACAACUUCCACCGCGAUGCAGCCUCCAUAAAGACCCUGCUGACGGGGCUCACUGGCGUCGUCAUCUGCCAGAUCCUGUUCAGCGCUGUGGCAUGGAUAUCGACUCCUCACUUAUACAACUUCGUGCGAAGAGGGGUGUGGACUUUGACGUCGAUUGCUGCACUCUUGUGGAACUGGAAACGAAAGGCGGAUCCAAAGACAUACAGCGAAGUGCCCCUGAAGGAUUGGGACGAGGAGAGCAAUAGUGACAAUGAAUUGGAAAGAACGACAGGACUCUUUACCUCCAGGAAACUGUCACAAAAGUCUUCGCCAUCACCGCUUGCUUGCAUACUGGUGGCCUCGGCCAGCGUUAUCGUGCUCCUGCUACGCUGCCUCCGUCCGUCGGAUACUGCAUACACCUUCCUUUCGCAGACUGUGGUCAUGGCUCCCUUUGAGAAGCCUCCUAGUCGCAGUCAGCGGUCUUCUUUUGAUCUCCCGGAUUUACCGGGCGACUAUAGCUGGCUCUAUAAUCAUACCGCGCUGGCCGAACCGCCAAAAUUGGACUGGCUACCAGAGAAAGAAAUCGGAGGGUUUAGAGACUGGUAUAGAGGUGCCAACGACAAAUACCCGCAACACUAUGAUCCAACACAAAAUCCCCUGCAUAUCUCCAACCGGCAUCGCGACAUCCUCCAACCGUUGCGUGAUACUCUGAAAUCCGGCAAUGUGAACAUCAAACAUGUCUUCCUGCUCAAGCUGGAAAGUACCCGAUACGAUGUUUUCCCUCUGCGCAAGGAUUCACAUGUUGCCGACCUCAUCCGGGAGUCGUACCCCCAUAACCAGAUCCCGGAUGACGUCGAGGAGAGACUGGCCAAUUUGACUCGCAAUGCCGAGAUGUUUACUGGCACUCCGUCAGGCUUCAACUCUCAUAACGAACCACUCCAGCCGUACGGCGGUAUUUCCGCAACAAACGCCUACACGAGUGGUACCUUCACCCUCAAGAGCAUCAUCGCUAGUGUCUGUGGUAUUUCACCGUUGGUUGUUGACUUCAACCAUGAAUAUCUGUACCACUUUUACGAGCCCUGUAUGCCCCAGAUUCUCAACGCGCUGAAUCUGAUACCCGCCAAUUCCAAACAGGCCGCAGACCCGCAUGACUACACAACCUGGCCUUGGCACUCGCACUUCAUGCAAAGCAUCACUGAUCUUUACGACAACCAAAACUUCCUCACUCCCGCAAUGGGUUUCCAAGACAAGGUGACAGCUAAGAAUAUUACCAGAAAAUGGAAGAAUAAACCCGGCAAUCGUCCCGAGAAGUUCAACUUCUGGGGUUAUCCGGAGAACGAAUUGCGGGGGUACUUCGUUGAAGCCAUUCAGAAGGCGGAGGAAGACCAUGAGCGGAUAUUUCUCACACAUCUAACAGGACUGACGCAUCAUCCAUUUGAUCUCCCUGUGGGCAACGAGUACGAGGAAAUGAUUAGUCCCAACAUAUUCAGUCACCACGGCAAGAUAAACCGCUACCUUAACACUGUCGGUGUGGUGGAUAAGUGGCUCGGAGAGAUCAGAGAGGUUCUUGAAGAGACUGGAGUUGCAAAUGAGACCUUAGUUGUCAUGGUGGGCGACCACGGCCUUUCCGUCAUUGAGGACGGUGGCGUUACGGCCUGCGACAAUCCUCAUGUCUCAAACUUUCAUGUUCCUUUAGUCUUCUCCCAUCCGCAACUGCCGCCGAUUCAAAUCAAUGACCGCGUCACCUCCAUGCAGAUCCUGCCCACGAUCCUCGAUCUCUUGGUCGAGUCUGCAUCAUUAGACGACCAAUCAAGCCAAGCAAUCAAAGAUCUUCUCCCCCUCUACGAAGGCCAGUCAAUGAUCCGCGACAUCGUCUCCGAAAAGGACGGCAUGCUGGACUGGCAGUUCACCGUUAUGAACACGGGGGCAACGUGGCUCGCCCUGCGCUCUGCAUCCAAACCGUACCGUCUGGUGAUUCCUCUCGUUCCCGAAGUGGAGUGGCGAUUCACCGACGUUGACACCGAUCCGUACGAACUGCAUGCCCUGCAGUCUUUCAACUUGCUUGCUGUGUUGAAGCAGGUUGGAGAGGUCCAUGGUGAGGGGGCUGUUCAGUGGAUUAGGGAUGCGGCGCAUGUUGCUCAAUGGUGGGUUGCUGAGAAUUGGCGUCGUUACGAAUUCGUGCCAUAG